ACAUAUUGCAUCUGAUGGUGAGAAUAUUGAUAAGAUGGGGGACUCCGUGCCCUCUUCUCUAGGCCUCAACUGCCUUCGGUUGGAGGGAUGGUACGAGACGAUGCCGACAGGGAUUAGUUCAUCAUCCCUUCCCCUUCUCUCGUACCUCACUAUAUGUGUCCAUCAAGUGCGACUGGAGGACAUUCAGGUCCUUGGGACCUUGCCGGCUCUUUGUUUUGUCAGACUGGAGUCUGACGAGGACACCUCCACGGAAGAAGAGCGUGAAACGGAAAGGUCGUUCAUGCUUAGCACUGAUGCAUUUCCUUCCGCGACACGGUGCUUGUUUGAAAAUGUUAUAUUUUCUCCCUGUAUGUUUCCAAGAGGCGCUAUGUCCAUGGUUCAAGUUCUGUGCUUUGGUCUUCUGGUGUCAGAUAUCCUCAGUGGUGGUGACUUGUUCAUAAGGAACCUCCCUUCGCUCCAGAGUGUAGAGAUUAAGCUUUAUGGUGAAGAACGAGGAAGCCAGAAGUAUUCUGAAGCAAAGGCUGCUGUGGAGAGAGCGGUGGCCGACCAUCCCAACUGUCCCGAUGCAUAUUUGUUUGGAACUUUGAAGAAUUGACUUAUAUUCCAGUGGAGGCACACUCACUGAAAUGGUACAAACAUUCACCCAGCUAUGCAGUAGGGGGCGAUGUCAAGGAACUCAUUCACUGUUGCUGCCAAGUCCCGGGCUCUUAAAUCUUCACCCCAGUGCUAAUUCAUGUUCUGUGCUCUUCUAUCUUUGUACUCCGUCUUUUGCUUCCGUCAGCUCAAGAAGGAAGCUUCAGUUUACUUCUACCAGCUGCUUCAGUACUUACUAGCAGUCAUGAUCAGUUCUCCUGAAUUGUUUUUCCUGUCUUUCCAAAGGCACUUCUGGCUUGCGUGUGAUUUCUACUAGUUUAGCUGAUUUUCCUUCAUGGCCCGGUUUAUAUAAGACUCGUUCCUCCUUCCUCAAAAUCAAUCAAAUAAGGUCCGCAUUAA